AUGAGAAGACCAAAGCAGCUUUACAUUAGAGAAGAUACUUCAAUAAAAAAAGGCAAACUGAGUUAUAAUGACGUUCUCAACAAAUAUGCUGUCACUUUCAGAGAACAUGAGUGGUGGCGAACGAGGGCUUUGUCAGUAUUGAACUUUGGUACUGAAUGUCUUGACAAACAUUAUGAUGAUUUGUGGGAGUGGUCUUAUUUUGUUGGAGCUCAUCUCAAAGAAACACAUGUUAAUGUGUUGUUGAGAGAUAAUUGUAGACUUCAGUUGGAGAUAGAAAAAAAGAAUAAGAUUAUUCAGGACUUAGAAAGAAGGCAAAAACGAUAUAUGCAAGCAAUUGAAAUGUAUAAUCAUUAUAUUGCAGAAUGUAAAAACAUUUGA